CAAACAGGGGCAGGGGAGGCCGGCAAUGAGGAGGGGCGCCGGGGAGGAGAAGUGAGCUGAGGCGCACGGGGAGAGUGUGUUUGGGGGAAGGGAAGGCAGAGCAGGUAUGGAGGCCGCAGCUUGGGAGGUAGCUGUGGGGCCAGACUGGAGACCCCCGGGUGGGAUGGAGGGGUGGGACUGGAAACGUGAAGCUGGGGUUCUCCCAAACCCUGGAGAAGGAAGGUGAUUGGGACCCUCAGCGAGGGAAGGAGGGGGCAUCAUUGCUGAGGGGCCAGGGAACUGAAAUAGGGGUGGACGGAGGCCCAGGCCAGGACCAGAAGAGGGGGACGCCAGGGAGUGGAGUUAGAUGGAUGGGUGGAAUCUUAGAUGCCCAGUUCAGUGGCCCCACCUUUUCGUCAGCACCCUGCCCUGCCCUUGUGAUCCCCCACCAAGCCUCAGGGCCCGAGCAGGGGUGACAAGGCUGAGGCUCCCCUUCCCCAGUGGGGUGCAGUGUACGCAAGUAGGCCCUGGGCAUAACUCCUUGUCUGUAGGUGUGUCCGGUUCCGCGCAGAUCUGAGUGUGUCUGGAGGUCCGUGUGAGCCUGUGGGUGUGUCGGUGGGUGUUUGCGUCUGUGUGUGUUUGCUGCUCCUAGGUGUGCAUUCACCUCUGUCCACCUGUGUGUCUGGUGCUCUUGUUUGUAGAUCCGGGCUGAGUGGUGUGUGUGUCUGAAUGUGUGUUUGUGGGGCCUGUCUGGAUGGCAGAGCAGGCUGUAUUUACACAGGAUGAGAAUCUGUGUCAAUCUGAUCUCUCCACCGUGUGUACGUGUGGCUCGGAACACCUUUGUCGGGGUGUGUGGCUCUGUGUAAGGGAGCCUAUGUCUGUCUGUCUGUGUGUCUGGGGCUCCGAGAGGCUGCUGGGUUUUCUGUGCCUGUCUGUUUUCCUCUCUGAGGACCCAAGUCAUGUCUCUGCUCCUUUCUCUCUUUCAUUCCUUCCUGGCCCCCACCCACCCCACCUCUUCCUUUUUCUCCUCACUUGACCCCUAUCAAGUGGAUCCGGGACCCAGGGAGGGCCGCCCCCCGGGCCUGGUGGCACUGAGCAGGGCCCCCCAGCCCCCACCUCCUGCCCCACGACAUGAACCUCCUCUACCGAAAAACCAAGCUGGAGUGGAGGCAGCACAAGGAAGAGGAGGCCAAGAGGAGCUCCAGUAAAGAGGUGGCCCCUGCAGGCCCUGCAGGGCCCGGGGCCGGCCCGGGGCCUGGAGUCCGUGUGCGGGACAUCGCCUCGCUGCGCCGCUCCCUCAGGAUGGGCUUCAUGACGAUGCCCGCCUCCCAGGAGCAUACCCCCCACCCUUGCCGCAGCGCCAUGGCCCCACGCUCCCUCUCCUGCCACUCUGUGGGCAGCAUGGACAGUGUGGGGGGUGGGCCUGGGGGUAGCGGUGGGGGUCUCACAGAGGACAGCAGCACCCGAAGACCCCCAGCCAAGCCUCGGCGACACCCGAGCACCAAGCUCAGCAUGGCAGGAUCAGGGGCAGAGACACCCCCCAGCAAGAAAGCAGGCUCACAGAAACCCACCCCAGAAGGCCGAGAGUCUGGCCGGAAGGUCCCUCCGCAGAAGCCCAGGCGAAGCCCCAACACCCAGCUCUCUGUCUCCUUCGAAGAGUCCUGCCCCGCAGCACCUUCUCCUCGCGGGGGGAACCUGCCUCUGCAGCGCCUGAGUAGGAGUUCCAGAGUCGCUGGGGACCCUGAUGUGGGUGCCCAGGAAGAAGAGCCCGUGUACAUCGAGAUGGUGGGGGACGUCUUCAAGGGAGGAGGCCGAAGCGGAGGGGGACUGACAGGGCCCGCUCUUGGGGGUGGGGGCCCAACCCCCCCAGCUGGUGCCGACUCGGACUCCGAAGAGAGUGAGGCCAUCUAUGAAGAAAUGAAGUACCCGCUGCCUGAAGAGGCAGGGGAAGGCCGAGCCAACGGGGCUGCCCCAUUGACAGCGACCUCCCCUCCACACCAGCCUCAUGCCCUGCAGCCCCACACCCAGCGCCGCCCCGCUUCAGCCCUCCCGAGCCGGAGGGAUGGGACGCCCACCAAGACUACUCCUUGUGAAAUACCCCCACCCUUCCCUAACCUCCUCCAGCACCGUCCUCCACUCCUGGCCUUCCCCCAAGCCAAGUCUGCUUCCCGAACCCCCGGUGAUGGGAUCUCGAGGCUACCGGUCCUCUGCCACUCCAAGGAGCCUACAGGUUCCACCCCAGCUCCCCAAGUGCCUGCAAGAGAGCGGGAGACGCCACCCCCGCCGCCUCCGCCUCCUGCUGCCAACCUGCUGCUGCUGGGACCAUCGGGCAGAGCCCGGAGCCACUCAACACCAUUGCCACCCCAGGGCUCUGGCCAGUCCCGGGGGGAAAGGGAGCUCCCCAACUCCCACAGCAUGAUCUGCCCUAAGGCAGUGGGGGUGCCGGCAGCCCCCUCUGCCCCAGCUGCCUUGCUCCCCGGCCCCCCCAAGGACAAAGCCGUGUCUUACACCAUGGUGUACUCGGCAGUCAAGGUGACCACGCACUCUGUCCUUCCAGCUGGCCCACCCCUAGGUGUUGGGGAGCCGAAGACAGAGAAGGAGAUCUCAGUUCUCCAUGGCAUGCUGUGUGCCAGCUCGAGGCCCCCCGUGCCAGGGAAGGCCAGCCCCCAUAGUGGGGCUGUGGGCACAGCAGCUGGGGUCCUGCACCACCGCAGCUGCCUGGCCUCCCCUCACAGCCUUCCGGACCCAACUGCAGGCCCCCUGGCCCCCCUCUGGACCUACCCAGCCACAGCAGCUGGACUCAAGAGACCCCCUGCCUAUGAGAGCCUCAAGGCUGGGGGGGUGCUGAACAAGGGCUGUGGAGUGGGGGCCCCGUCCCCCAUGGUCAAGAUCCAGCUACAGGAGCAAGGGACUGAUGGGGGUGCUUUUGCCAGCAUCUCCUGUGCCCACGUCAUCGCCAGUGCAGGGACACCAGAAGAGGAAGAAGAGAUGGGUGCCACGACAUUUGGGGCCGGCUGGGCUCUCCAGAGGAAGGUCCUCUAUGGAGGGAGAAAGGCAAAGGAGCUGGACACAGAGGUCGAGGACGGUGCCCGGGCUUGGAAUGGCAGUUCCGAGGGUCCAGGCAAGGUGGAGCGUGAGGACAGGGGCCCUGUGGCAUCAGGGAUCCCAGUGAGGAGCCAGGGGGCAGAGGGCCUGCUGGCCAGGAUGCACCACGACCGAGGAGGAAGCCGCACCGCGCUGCCCAUGCCCUGCCAGACCUUCCCUGCCUGCCACCGAAACGGAGACUUCACAGGAGGCUACCGCCUGGGGCGCUCAGCCUCCACCUCAGGAGUCCGGCAGGCUGCGCUGUACACCCCCCGGCCCUGCAGCCAGCCUAGGGAUGCCCUGAGCCAGACCCACCCCGCGCUGCCGCUGCCCCUGCCCUUGCCGCCCCCGCCGGCCCGAGAGCGCGACGGGAAGCUGCUGGAGGUGAUCGAGCGCAAGCGCUGCGUGUGCAAGGAGAUCAAGGCGCGCCACCGCCCCGACCGCGGCCUCUGCAAGCAGGAGAGCAUGCCUAUCCUCCCCAGCUGGCGGCGGGGGCCCGAGCCCCGCAAGUCCGGCACCCCGCCCUGCCGCCGGCAGCACACGGUCCUCUGGGACACGGCCAUCUGAGGGGGCGGGGCGGCCCGGGCACCUGGACUGGGAGGGGGCGGGGCCGGCGCGGCCGGACAGACUGAAGGACCAGGUGAGAGCGCCAGGGAGAGCCCGGCCCUCUACCCUUGUAGCCCCGGGGAAGGAAGCCUGCCAGGCCCAUCCGGGCUUGGGGUGGGGAGGAGGGAGAGGGGGUCUGCUUGUGGGGUUCUGGUCGUGGGAGACCCCUCCUCCUGACGAGGCGAAGGGCAGGGCAAGGUGGAGGUGGGCAGGGGGAAGCGGGAAGGGUCACAUGGGUGGGUCAGGUGGAAGAGGGACGAGAGCCAGUGGGAGAGCAGCUCUCUGCCUGAGAGCCGGGAUUUGGGGAGGGGUAUUUAUUUUGUUAUUUAUUUUAGUCUGGAGGGCAGUUCCCGGCCCUCUGACCCACUCCUGAGCGGGGAGUGGAGAACAAGGCCAAGCUUGCACUCUCCCCAUUGCCGAUGCCGAAAGGCCCCGCCAUCCGCCUGCCCCUCAGCGAGGGAGGUGUUCGCUUGGGGAGCGGAGGGACCCGAGCUCGGGGGCGCCAACUCUCUACAGUACAGUAUUUACAAUUUUGCCAGAAUUUGGUAGUGAGUGAGGCCUGCUCUGAAACAGGCAUCUUCUUUAGUUCUAGGGUGAGGGUCUAGCGUCAGGGAUGGGCGGGAUGUGGGGACGGAGGGAAAUUUUAGCGGGUGGGGGGAUAGGCAGGGUAUUUAUUUAAAUUAAAAAAACAAAAACAAAAACAGAAGAGCUGUCAGGAACUUUUUUUUAAUUCCUUUCUUUUCAGAAUAAUAUAUUAAAAGACUAAUGAUCCUA